GUGCAGAUUUGGCGCCACAUUUUCAACGAGGAACAGUUCGCAGUAAAAAGCAAAUAGACAGAAAGAAAGAAAAGGUCCCGGUUUGACAGCGCGGUACAAUAACGCAUUGUCCGUGCGGCUUUAGGAUUAUUUUAUCAAGCGUUUCUCAUCUUAGACGUUUUAAUCGUUUUUCGACGAUGUUCGUGACGGACAUAAGGAAGGAUUUUUAUGAAGUCGUUGCCAACCAGAGAGUCGCACUCCUGGUGGCAGCGGACAUCGACGCACUGUGCGCCUGUAAGAUACUACAGGCGUUGUUUCACUGUGACCAGAUCCAGUACACACUUGUGCCGGUUACAGGCUGGCAGGACCUUGGCACUGCCUUCCUCGAACACAAAGAGCAGUUUCGAUACUUCGUUCUCAUCAACUGUGGGGCAAAUGUCGACCUGCUGGAGAUGCUGCAGCCGGACGAUGACUCCAUCUUCUUCAUCUGUGACACUCACCGGCCUGUUGAUGUGGUCAACGUCUACAACGACACCCAGAUAAAGCUGCUAAUCAAACAGGAUGAUGACCUGGGCGUGCCCUCGUAUGAUGACAUAUUUCGAGACGAGGAGGACGAGGAAGGAGAUUCUGGGAAUGAGAGCGAUGACGGAUCCGAGCCGUCUGGAAAACGGAGGAGAUUUGAUGAAGGAACCUUCGAGAGGAGAAUUGAAAGACGCCGGGAGAGGAGGGAGUGGGAGGCUCGAAGGAGGGAAAUCUUGUUUGACUAUGAGCAGUAUGAAUACCAUGGAACCUCUGCUGCUAUGAUGUUUUUUGAGCUUGCGUGGGUUUUGACUAAAGACACCAAGGACAUGCUCUGGUGGGCCAUCAUUGGACUGACAGACCAGUGGGUCCAUGAUAAAAUCACACAUAUGAAGUACGUCACAGACAUCGCCACGAUGCAGCGACACGUUUCGCGGCAUAAUCACCGCAACGAGGAUGAGGAGAACUCAAUCUCCAUCGACUGUAUGAGGAUCUCCUUCGAAUACGACUUGCGUCUGACUCUGUACCAGCACUGGUCUCUGUAUGAGAGCAUUUGUAAUUCCUGUUACACUUCCUGCAGCUUCAAGCUUUGGACCUUAAAUGGACAAAAGAAACUCCAGGAGUUCUUGGCCGACAUGGGGCUUCCCCUGAAACAAGUUCGACAGAAGUUUAAUUCUAUGGACAUGUCAAUCAAAGAGAACCUGAAGGAAGUCAUUGAAGAGUCCUCCAAUAAAUACGGUAUGAAGGACAUCCGCAUCCAGACGUUCGGCGUUCACUUCGGCUUCAAGAACCGUUUCCUGGCCAGCGACAUGGUUCAUGCUACAGCCGCCUUGCUGGAGAGCACGGAGAAAGACGACAGCGACAACUUCAUCAAGGCUCUCGACUCCCUCUCCAGGAGUGACCUGGACAGUCUACAUUCAGGCAUCGACCUGGCUAAGAAGAAGCUGAUGGCGAUUCAACAGACUGUGGCCAGCUGCAUCUGCACGAAUCUCAUCCUGUCACAGGGACCCUUCCUCUACUGCUACCUCAUGGAGGGAACCCCUGAUGUGAAGCUCUUCUCAAAGCCCAUGGCCUUGACUCUGCUCUGCAAGUACCUCCUGAAGGCCUUCGUCCAUUCGACGAGGAAUAAACGCUGCAGGCUGCUUCCUCUCAUCAUGGCUGCACCCAAGGACGUGGAGAAGGGAACUGUCAUCGUUGUGGGGAUCCCACCAGAGUCUGAGACGUCGGACAAAAAGAAUUUCUUUGGUCGAGCAUUUGAGAAAGCUGCAGAGAGCACCAGCUCCAGAACUCUUCACGACCACUUUGACACCUCCAUAAUUGAACUGAAGGCUGAGGACAGAAGCAAGUUUCUGGACGCACUCAUCACUCUCCUCUCAUGAGAAAACGAGACCAAGUCAGACCUGCAGCUGUAAAAUAGACGAGACUGAAAUCUUAUCAGUCAGGUCAGACAUGUGUCAGUAUGAAUUUUAUACAUGUUUCUGUUUUUAAAUGGUUUAAUAUGUUUUUUUUGUGUGUGUGUGUGUGUGUGUAUAUUGUACAGUCUCUUUGUAAAUGUGUGGAAGUGCUUUUUCUUGUUUUUAAAUUCCUGUCUUUUAAUUCUUACUGUGUAUGUGUGUAGUUCUUAUUACAUUUUCAACGUGUUUAAUAAAUUGUUUUAAAUGA